AGAGGGAACGGCGCGGGGCGGGAAGGACCCCUCAGGCCCUUUAAGGCGGAGCGCCGGGGCGCGAGCAGGCGGGGGCGGUGCCAGGGCCCCUCGCGGCCGCUGAUUGGGCGGCGCGCCUAACCGGAGCGGCUCCGCGGGCGCCGAUUGGCCGGCCAGGGCUGGGCGCCGCCGCCAGGUGAUACGGCCUGCUGGUUCCCGCGGCCACGUGGGGGGCGCGCGGGCGGGGGGCGCCGGGGGGCCGGCGGCGGAGACGCGCAGGGCGCGCCGGGGUUGCUGCGCGGAGCUGCGGCGGCGGGACUCGAGACGCGGCGGCCGCGCAUUUUCUCCCGUGGAGCUAGAAGCUGGGGACCCUGGGGGCCAUGCAGAGGGCCGGGGCAGGGGGCCGGAGGGCCUCUGAUUGCGGCCCUGCCCCUCACCGGCCCAGGUGCAUCACCAAGUUCGCCCAGCAGUACGUGGGCUCCUUCCCCGUGGACGACCUGGACACCCAGGAGAGCGUGUGGCUUGUGCAGCAACAGCUGUGGGCACUGAAGGAUUGUCCCCGACGUCGGGCUGUCAUCCUGAAAUUCAGCCUUCAGGGCCUCAAGAUCUACAGCGGGGAGGGCGAGGUGCUCCUGAUGGCUCACGCCCUGCGGCGCAUCCUCUACUCCACCUGGUGCCCCGCGGACUGCCAGUUCGCCUUCGUGGCCCGAAACCCCCAGAGCCCGGCCAACAAGCUCUUCUGCCACCUCUUCGCGGGCAGCCAGCCUGGAGAGGUCCAGAUCCUGCACCUGCUGCUCUGCCGCUCCUUCCAGCUCGCUUACCUCCUGCAGCACCCUGAGCAGCGCGCACAGCCUGAACCCUGCCUGGGGUCUGCAGGGGAUGUAGCCCCAAAGCAGCUGUCCAGCCCUGGGGGCCCCCCUGGCCUAGUACGGGAACCCUUCAGCCGUGGUCAGCUCUCACAGAACGUGCACGCACUGGUCUCCUUCCGGCGGCUGCCAGCAGAGGGGCCCGUGGGCAGUGGGAAGGAGCUGCUGGAGUCCGAAGGCCGAGGCGGGGCCCGCCAUGCCCGCCUGGGGAAUCCUUACUGCUCGCCCACGCUGGUGCGCAAGAAGGCCAUUCGCAGCAAGGUGAUCCGCUCUGGGGCCUACCGCGGCUGCACCUACGAGACCCAGCUGCAGCUGUCUGCUCGGGAGGCCUUUCCUGCCGCAUGGGAGGCGUGGCCCCGGGGGCCUGGUGGCCCCUCGUGUCUGGUGGAGAACGAGGGGAGCCUGACGGAGAACAUCUGGGCCUUUGCUGGCAUCUCCAGGCCCAGCGCCCUCGCCCUGCUGCGGAGAGACGUGCUUGGAGCCUUCCUGCUGUGGCCCGAGCCCGGCACCAGUGGCCAGUGGUGCCUGUCGGUGCGGACACAGUGUGGUGUGGUCCCCCACCACGUCUUCCGGAACCACUUGGGCCGCUACUGCGUGGAGCACCUGCCGGCCGAGUUUGCCAGCCUGGAGGCCCUGCUGGAGCACCACGCUGGGACGGAGCGCAGCCUCUUCUGCUCCCUUGACAUGGGCCGCCUGAACCCCAGCUACGAAGAGCAGGACUGCGGGUCCGAGGGCAGACCCCCCCGGACACUGCGGCCCCUUGGCCAUGCCAAGUCCGAGGCAGAGCUGCAGGGCCUGGGCUAGGAGGCGAGCCCCCGGCCCUACCUCACUCUGGCUCCUGGGCCUCACCAGGCCGCCCUGCCCCUCUGCUGCCCUGCUGGUCACCAGUUUCACCCGCCGACUCUGCCCCUUGGACCAGUCUUCCAUCAUGUCACCGCCUGUGGUAGGGGGGAGCCCUGACACUGGGGAUCGCUGGUGGCUUCUCAUGAGACAUGUGGCCCGCGGAGAUUGUAGGCAGGGCAGGUGGAGCUCCAGGCUUUCCAGUCACCGGCUGGGUGACUUCAGAUGCUUGUCUCUGGGCUUCACUUUACUCCUGGGAGGGGAACUUGCCGAGGGGGCAGGAAGGUUUGCUCAUGAGGGAUGUGGUCCUCUCCCAAAGAGGCCAGCCCUUGGGGCCCUGACUGGGAGUCUCCCGACAGUACCCAACUGAGGCGGCCGGGCACAUGAGGAAGAGGUGACUGGGGAGGCUGGAGUGAGUCCUCAGUGUGGGCAGAGACCUGGGAGUGAGCCACCCUCUCCAGGAGAGAAACGGAGAGCGCUCGGAGGAGCUGACGGGCCUGGCGGCUGGGCCCGGCUGCACCCGCCAGCAGAGCGUAGCCUGUGUCUCACAGCAUCUGACAGCGAGGGAGUCUUCCACUGAAUUCUGUCAAUUCCAUUCUUAGGAAUGAAGCUUAGGAGGGCAUGGAAAGGCAGGAUGGACGAAGAGCCGAACCCCCCACACGCCCACACACACGCGGACACCUGUCUCUAUCUAGAAGGGAUGUGAGCCAAAAGCGCAAAGAAACUCUGUGCUGCUCAUAAAGGCUGGUUUGUCUCCAAUCAAAUCCACAGGGUUGUGAUUCCCGCCCCCACACCCCCAGGACCACUGGGACACACACCCCUACACACACACACACACACACACAGGCUCAUUUCCUUUGUGCAUUUAACCAGGAGGGGCCCGCAGUGAGCCACAGGUGUGCAGGUGACCAGGGUCCUAUUCAGCUCAUCCUGGGGGCCAGUCUGGGUUUGGGGGUUGCCUGGGAAGCCACCUGAUUCUGGCCCACUCCCCACAACAGGGCGCUGGCCAUGGUUGUCAGGGGCCGCCUCACCAGGCCUGCCGCAUUGGGGUUGGACUCAGAGCAGAACCAUCCAAAGGUGGAACUGAUGUGGGUCCUGCCAGAGGGGCCUGGGCCUCGCGGGGUGGGUGGAGUAACAGGGAAAUGACUCGGGCCUAAGGUAGUGGCCCUGAAGUGAGUGACAGGUACCCAGCGCCUUUACAAGUAAGCUCGAAAGAUGGACACAAGUACCGAAUUACUUAGGGAACAGGUUCACUUUGGAGGAACUUCUAUUCCUGAGGCAGAGGCCGAGUCACGAAUCUGGGGGCUGCCCUCUCCCACAUCUGGGAGUGGGAUGUGACUGUUCUAUGCCUUGAAAAUGAUUUCUGACUCCUGGGAGGAAGAGGGCGGCCCUGAUGGAAGAGAAAGAAGGGAGGCUCCUCUGGAGGUCAGGCCUUGGCUUCCCAGCUCACAACCUCCUGCCUAGGGAAUGGGCUGGGCUGGGGACCAUGUCACUCUCAUCACAAGGGAUAGCAGGGGUAGGAGGGGCCUGUCGGAGGUUCCUCACUGGAACCACAGCACUAGGUUUACACUGAAUGGGAGGGGGAACUGGGACUCAAUUUAUAGCCAUCUCCACCAGAACCCAUGGUUCCUUGUGCGAGGCCUGGUCUCACAUUUCCCUGGCAAAGAGAGGGGUUUGCCGACACGGGGUGUCCUUGGGUGCUGGAAUUACAGCACCGGAGACAUGUGUUUAAGACCUGGCGACUGGCCUGGCCUGAGGCCAAAGCCUACCUCUGUGAGAGAUGGGUAUCGUUGAGCAUAUCCUCCAUGUGGACAAGGUAUCAAGAAUGUUCUCAAAGCACUUUAACAUUCCUUCACACAGUACUCAUCACGUGGUAUGCAGAGGGCAAGGGUUUUGACCCACGUGUGCAGAUGCUUCAAUGUCUUAACCAUAGAUCAGUUUUCUCUUUGUUCCAACUGGCACCAUCUGGGUAACCCGCUCUCCUGUGUGCACUUGAAACAAAUAAAAUGCAUUUCUUCCAAUUGUC